CACAAACGAAGUUACAAAACCAACACAACUCGGAACUUCCUUUCUCUCCUAUAUUCAGUGAAGUUGAUCGGAGUUAGCCGGAAAAAUGUCAUCGAUAUACGUCUUGGAGCCGCCGACGAAGGGGAAGGUCGUCAUUCACACGACGUAUGGACCCGUCGACAUCGAGCUUUGGCCAAAAGAAGCUCCUAAAGCUGUUCGUAAUUUCGUUCAGCUUUGCCUCGAAGGCUACUAUGACAGCACAAUUUUUCAUCGCAUUAUCAAGGGUUUCCUCAUUCAGGGCGGUGACCCCACUUCCACCGGCGUCGGUGGUGAAAGCAUAUAUGGUGCAGCAUUUUCUGAUGAAUUCCACUCUCGUCUACGUUUCAACCAUAGGGGCUUGGUUGCGUGCGCAAAUGCUGGUUCACCACAUUCAAAUGGAAGCCAAUUCUUUAUGACAUUAGAUCGCUGUGAUUGGCUUGAUAAGAAGAAUACGAUCUUUGGAAAGGUUACUGGAGAUUCUAUAUACAAUCUUCUCAGGAUAGGAGAAGUUGAAACUGAUAAGGAUGACCGACCCAUGGACCCUGCUCCUAAGAUAACUUCUAUUGAGGUUAUAUGGAAUCCCUUUGACGAUAUCGUGCCCAGAGAUGUGAAGAAGUCGCCCCAGCCGGUUACUGAUAAUGAGAAUAAAGAUCUGAAGAAGAAAGCUGUGAAAAAGCUGAACUUACUUUCAUUUGGCGAAGAAGCUGAAGAAGAUGAGAGGGAUUUGACGGCGGUAAAACAAAAAAUAAAGAGCAGUCAUGAUGUAUUGGAUGAUCCUCGUUUUCUGAAGGAACAAAAUCUCAAUGAAGAAACGGAUCCAGAUGAACUCAAGAGUGCAAGGAAUUUGCAAUUAUCUGUGAGAGAAGCUUUGAGCUCAAAAAAACAGGAGUCGCAGAAAGGGACAGCUGAUGUGUUACCUGAUUCUCAUGCUCGAAGUGACAGUGAAGAUGAUGAAAUAAGUUUUGAUGCACGAAUGCGUGAGCAGAUUUUAAAGAGAAGAAUGGAGAUUGGUGAUCUCCCUACUAAGCAAAAGUCUCGAAGGGAGGGAUCAAAGUCCAAGGAUCAACAGAAGUCAGCCCCAAGCAGGUCAGAUCCUGAAAGUUCAGAUGACCAAAGAAAAGUGGCGAAAUUGUCGAUCAGGAAAAAGGGAAUUGGAUCAGAAGCUAGAGCAGAACGUACGGCUAAUGCUGACACGGACCUGCAGUUAUUAAAUAAUGCUGAACGAGAAAGAUUGUUGCAGAAACAAAAGAAGCGGAGACUGAAGGGGCGUGAAGAAGAUGUACUUGCCAAACUUGACAGGUUCAAAAGUUCAAUUUCUUCGAAGCAUGUUGAACCACGAGCUGAAUCCGAAGGGAGAACUAAUGAAGAUCUAUCUGACUGGAAAACUGUCCGCCUGAAGUUUGCACCUGACCUAGGAAAGAAUAACAUGACACGGAAUGAAGAUGCCAACGACUAUGCAGUGAUUGAUCCUCUUCUGGAGAAAGGGAAACAGAAAUUCAAUAGGAUGAUAGCAAAGGAAAAGCGACGAGAGCGCGAAUGGGCUGGGAGAUCCCUUACUUGAUUCAUUCUUUCUGGCUACUUCCUCAUAUCAUAACAAAGGCUAGCUCGAUCGCUCCACUUAAUUCCUAUUAACCCUGCUUUGCUUGAUGAAUAUGUUAUUUCAAGCAGCUGUUAAUAUGUAAAUGUACGAUAAACAAUGAGGAACGAAAGGUCUUCUAUAUUUCGUAUUUGGACAUCACGAGCUAGCUCUAGGCCUUUUGUGAGUGCCAUUAUUUAUACGCGUUAUAGCUUGUGUUUAGAUGAGGAUAUGGCUUAGCAAUGGUUACUACUCUGUAUAAACUUCGCAAAUGUGGCAAAUUAGCCCCAUUACAGUAAUGUGCAACUAAAUACCAGCUAUCAAUUUUCAACCAA